CCCGGCCAUCUGCCACCCCCCUGGAGGCCCUAAGGGGUCAGGUGGCCAAGCCAGGGGCUAUAAAGCCAGUGGCGCCCAGGAGCCCCCAGCCCUCGGGGACCAGCUGAAUUCCGAGGCUGUCCGCCAGCAGGUCACCGUCCCCUCGCCAUGGCCCUGUGGACGCGCCUCCUGCCCCUGCUGGCCCUGCUGGCCCUCUGGUCGCCCAGCCCUGCCCGGGCCUUUGUCAACCAGCACCUAUGUGGCUCCCACCUGGUGGAGGCGCUGUACCUGGUGUGCGGGGAGCGCGGUUUCUUCUACACACCCAAGGCCCGCCGGGAGGCCGAGGACCCCCAGGUGGGGGAGGUGGAGCUGGGGGGCGGCCCCGGCCUGGGUGGCCUGCAGCCCCUGGCCCUGGCGGGGCCCCAGCAGAAGCGCGGCAUCGUGGAGCAGUGCUGCACCGGCAUCUGCUCGCUCUACCAGCUGGAGAACUAUUGCAACUAGCCGCCCUCCAGACUCAGGCGCCAGGGCCUCUGUGUCUGCACCCUGCCGUCCAAUAAACCCUGUCAAUGAGC